AUGGCCAGCACCCUCAUCACGCUGUUCUACCUCGGCCUGGCCCCUGAGGCCCCUGUGUCCAGACUGGUCUGGGCUGUGACGGGGCCUGAGGAGGAAGCCCCACUCUUUCUCUCUCCCCCAGGACUGUCUCUGAGCCCUGGAAUCCAGGCCCAGCACGGGUCUCUCCCCAAGCCCUCCAUCCGGGCGGUGCCAGGUCCGGUGGUCCCCCAGGGGAGCCCUGUGUCCAUCUUCUGCAGAGGGCCUCCUGGGACAGCUCGGCUGCGUCUGCAGCAAGUGGGAGGCUCCCGCGUGUGGACUGAAGAAAGCCUGGGAGACGCCCAGGCUGAGGCCGCGUUCUCCCUCCAGCGUGCCACGCCCGGCCACUCGGGGACGUAUGUCUGUCAGUACAAGAUGCAGGACAGCUGGUCCGAGAGGAGUGACCCUCUGGAGCUGCUGGUCGUGGGUGUCUCCAAGGACAAACCCACCCUCUCGGUCCAGCCCGGCCCCAUGGUGGCUUUAGGAGGGAGCGUGACCCUUCACUGUCACUUGCCAAGCGCCUAUGACGUGUUCCUUCUGUCCAAGGGAGYAGAACCGGCCUUGCCUGCAGGCUCCAUCCAAGGCGGCCAGGGAAAGUUCCUCUUAUCCCCUGCCACCCGGGCCCACGGGGGGACCUACAGAUGCUACGGCUCUGUCAACACCUCCCUCCACGAGUGGUCAGCUCCCAGCAACCUCCUGGAGCUGAUGGUCACAGGAGUGUACAAAGAGCCUCAGCUCUUGGCUGUUCAGGGCCCCUCUGGGGCACCCCAGCAUAUGACGACCCUGCAGUGCCGCUCAGAGAUGUGGUUCGACCUGUUCCUCCUGUCCCAGGAGGGCAGUGCCAACGUCACCCAGCGCCUCAGAUCUCAGUAUAAACGCGGGUUCUUCCAGGCCAACUUCACCCUGAAYGCCAGCGAGCAGGCCCGCGGGGCCACCUACAGAUGCUACGGUUCUCUAAGUUCCUCCCCCUCGCUGUGGUCAGACCCCAGUGAGCCCCUGAGGCUCUCAGGAAGAGGGUCUGCCUCCUGGAAUUCCUACAAGGUGAACAUGCUCAGGCUGAGCCUGGGAGGUGUCAUCCUGCUGAUCCUGCUGGGGUUCCUGGUGGAGGCCUGGCUCAGCAGGAGGGACCCCCUGCAUUGCCAUACGGGGCCAGAGUCCUGA